GAAAUUUUAAGAUUUGACCUCCUCGAUAUAAAUUCCUCAAGUCUCAUACGGUUUUCAUCUUAAAAUAUGUCUGAGCCUUUGAGGGUGUUUUCCAUAAUUCCAUAGCAAGUAGGUCAAACUGUCCAAGCAAUUCUACAUUGGCACUCAAGAUUCCGACCAAUAUAUUUCAUCAGAUCUUAUUUGAAACAAGCAGGACCGUCGUACGGGGAAGACGAUUGGCGUCGGGCAUGAAUCUCAAGGCUUGUAUCAUCUUCCUCCUGUUGAUCCAAUCGCUUGUGUCUCUGUUGAACCUGCAUUAACGUUACAUAACCGUUUAGGUCAUCCUAGCCUCUCAAAGUUUCGACGUAUGGUUCCAGGUUUCUCAAGUCUUUCGUCUUUAGAUUGUGAGUCAUGUCACCUUGGAAAGCAACCUCGUCAAUCCUUUCCAAGGCGUGUUAAUAAACGGGCUGCGUCCCCUUUUGAUUUAGUUCAUACAGAUGUAUGAGGUCCGUAUCGAGUCAGUUCUACUUUAGGAUUUCGCUAUUUUGUUAUCUUUGUGGACGACUUUUACCGUUACACAUGGUUGUUUUUAAUGAAAGAACGUUUUGAAUUAUUCCAUAUCUUUCAAACUUUUUGUGCCGAAAUCCAAACUCAGUUUGGUCAUUCUAUCAAAAUUUUACGCAGUGAUAAUGCUAAAGAAUUUUUUGCGGCACCCUUUAAUCACUUCAUGACAUCACGGGGUAUGCUUCACCAGUCUUCUUGUGUACACACGCCUCAACAAAAUGAGGUAGCUGAACGCAAGAACAAACACUUAGUUGAUACUGCCCGUACUCUGUUAUUACAUUCACAUACACCACCUCAUUAUUGGGCAGACGUUGUACUCACUGUGUGUUAUUUAAUAAAUAGAAUGCCUUCCUCAGUUAUUCAUAAUGAAAUUCCUCAUUCUGUCUUGUUUCCUACUCGUGAGUUAUUUCCAUUACCACCUUAUGUGUUUGGGUGUGUGUGUUUUGUCCAUGAUUUUACACCUGGAUUAUCUAAAAUGUCAGCUAAGUCAAUAAAAUGCAUUUUUCUUGGAUAUUCACGAGUCCAAAAGGGUUAUCGUUGUUAUUCUCCAUUACUUAAGAAGCCUUUUAUUUCGGCUGAUGUCACUUUUAUCGAGUCCUCCUUUUAUUACCCAUUAUCUGCUGCUGAUACUCCAUCAUGUUUGGACUUCAUCUCAUAUCUCCGGCCCAUCCAUCCACUGUUAUUUCCCCUCAAUCUGAUGACCACCCCCACUGCUCUCUUGUGGUAGACCCUCCUCCAUUACAAGUAUACCAUCGUCGUCCUUGAACUCCUCCCAUUGAGCCUAUCGUGGCCACGCCAGUUGAUUCCCCUAUGAUGGUUCCUACAUCAUCACCAUCAACUACUGCACCACAUGAAAACACCCCGGAUGAUUUGCCCAUUGCCCUCCGAAAAGUAGCGAAGAUUGCAUCGAUUCGUUUGAUUUUAUCCAUGGCAGCAAUGAGCCACUGGCCAUUAUUCCAAUUGGAUAUUAAAAAUGCAUUUCUCCAUGGUAAUCUGCACGAGGAGGUUUAUAUGGAGCAACAACCUGGUAUUGUUGCUCAGGGGGAGUCUGGUUUGGUAUGCAGAUUACGUCGUGCUUUAUAUGGCUUGAAGCAAUCGUCACGUGCAUGGUUUGGGAGGUUUAGUGCUGUUAUCUGCGAUUUUGGCAUGAUUCACAGUAGCGAUGAACGAGGAAUUGCACUCCUGAAGCAAUAUCUCUUUAGCAAAUUCCAAACAAAAGACUUGGGAAAGUUAAAAUAUUUUCUUGGC